GAUCUCAUAAAUCGUCAUAGGGUUUUCUUUUCUUCUGCGAGGUUUCCUAGACCUCGCAGAAACAAGAAAAGAAAACCCUCCCUGCCUCUUCUCAUCUUUAUCUUCGAUCUUAAUUAAUUUCGUUGUGCUUGGUUUUUUAUUACUAGCUAUAUUAUCUCUUAUAUAUUCUAGAUCGAGCGAAUCGAUUGAACAAGCUCGCUCGAUCAUAUAUAUAUAUAUGGAGGAGCUUCAUUCAAUUUCUCCGGUUAUAGCCAAGAGGCUAUGGAAUGUUUUGAGGAUCAGCUUCUUCAUGAUAAGGAAAGGACUGAUAUCAAAGAGGAAGAUGAUCAUGGACAUGAAUUUGAUGAUGAAGAGAGGGAAACUGCUCAGAAAAUCAUUAAGCAACCUCAUUAAUUCCCAUCACCAUCUCUCUAAGAACGCCGCACGUGCUGCCUCCGGCAUACAGGAAUACGAAUUCUCUUGCAGCAACAGCCCUGCUCCUGUUUUUUUCCACGUGCCAAAGCGCAAACAGUACCAUUACUUUCCCUGCAUCAAUGACCCUCAGGUUACAGAAGAAGAAGAAGAAGAAGAAGAAGACGAACCUGAUCAUCAUCAAGGCGGCAACGCCAUUGCUUUGGUGCCCAAGACCCCGGAGUACUCAUUCAACUUUCGAUUGGAUGAUUUCGCUCCGGGAGAGAAGCGUAGCCCGCUACUCUCUCCAUUUUCAGUAAGGGUUUCUAAUUAUUCAUCAGAGGAUGAGAGUGAGAAUAUUGAGGGAGGAAUCGGACAAGUUGAUGACAAGGCUGAGGAAUUCAUCAGACGCUUUUAUGAGCAACUACGGGUACAAAGCCAGCCGCAUGCAACUACAUACUGCAGUACCAGGAGAUGCUUGCCAGAGGAGGAUUAAGUACUGAUGAACAUCACCAAUCAAGUAUAUAUAUGUAAAUCAUCAUUGUGACUUAAAUUUGUUUUCCAUUUUCCAUUUGUUUAAUUAAUUAAUUGCCUAUUGGUAUUUCUUC